GGUUGCUUCCCGUCCGCUCGGCGGCUCCCCUCCCCCGCCCGGCUCUCUGCGCCCCUCCCGGGCGCCGGGGCGGCGGGGCCGUCGCUGUGCGGCCCUCCGUGCGUCUGUGCGUGCGCACGUGCGCACUUCUGCUUCCCGCAGCUCGGCGCGCGCCCCGCGACACCGAGGCCGAGCGGGGGCAGGGGGCUGACCGUCAUGACCCCUGGAAGCCCGGUAUAAGCGGGCCGAGGUGAGCGAGGGGCGCAAUGCUGGCCUCCGUCGCGGCAAGUCCGGUGUUCCGGCCUGGGCCGUGGCGCGCGCGGGUCCAGCCAGCCUCGGAGCCGGUGUUCCAGCCGCUGAUGGCUUGUGGCUGCUUUUGUACCGCUGUGCCCGGGUCGGGUUUGCCUGCCGGUUGGAUCAUGGUAGGGCUCAGUAAAUCUCCCUCCAUGGCUUGUUGGAGAGGCACAGACUGGUGAUCGGAGUCUACUCUGGACCCAGGCUGCUCCAGUUGUGAGAUGUGGUGAUCUACCAACGUCCAUUGCGGUCUCCCUUUGUGAGUCGCGUCAUUUCUCCAUGCCCCAGCCCCUUGACACCACUACUGGGCACAAUGUCGACCUCAUCGCUGCGGCGUCAGAUGAAGAAUAUCGUCCACAACUACUCAGAGGCUGAGAUCAAGGUCCGCGAGGCCACAAGCAAUGAUCCCUGGGGCCCAUCCAGCUCCCUCAUGUCAGAGAUUGCUGACCUCACCUACAAUGUUGUGGCCUUCUCCGAGAUCAUGAGCAUGAUCUGGAAGCGGCUCAAUGACCACGGCAAGAACUGGAGGCACGUCUACAAGGCCAUGACGUUGAUGGAGUACCUCAUCAAGACUGGCUCUGAGCGUGUAUCACAACAGUGCAAAGAGAACAUGUAUGCUGUGCAGACGCUGAAGGACUUCCAGUAUGUGGACCGUGAUGGCAAGGACCAGGGUGUGAAUGUGCGGGAGAAGGCCAAGCAGCUGGUGGCUUUGCUGCGUGAUGAGGAUCGGCUCCGGGAGGAGCGCGCCCACGCGCUCAAGACCAAGGAGAAGCUGGCACAGACUGCCACGGCCUCCUCAGCAGCCGUGGGCUCUGGACCACCUCCCGAGGCGGAGCAGGCAUGGCCACAGAGCAGCGGGGAGGAGGAGUUGCAGCUCCAGCUGGCCCUGGCUAUGAGCAAGGAGGAGGCCGACCAGCCCCCGUCCUGCGGCCCUGAGGAUGACGUCCAGCUCCAGCUGGCCCUUAGUUUGAGCCGAGAGGAGCACGAUAAGGAAGAGCGGAUCCGUCGUGGGGAUGACCUGAGGCUGCAGAUGGCAAUAGAGGAGAGCAAGAGGGAGACUGGGGGCAAGGAGGAGUCAUCUCUCAUGGAUCUUGCUGAUGUCUUCACAACCCCAGCGCCUCCACAGGCCUCAGACCCUUGGGGGGGCCCGGCAUCUGUGCCUACUGCUGUCCCUGUGGCUGCUGCCGCUUCAGACCCUUGGGGGGGACCUGCUGUCCCUCCAGCUGCUGAUCCUUGGGGUGGUGCAGCCCCCACACCAGCCUCAGGGGAUCCCUGGAGGCCUGCAGCCCCUACAGGGCCCUCUGUUGAUCCUUGGGGUGGGACCCCAGCUCCUGCAGCUGGAGAGGGGCCCACCCCUGACCCGUGGGGAAGCUCUGAUGGUGGGGCUCCUGUCAGUGGGCCCCCAUCUUCUGACCCCUGGGCACCUGCCCCGGCUUUCUCAGACCCCUGGGGAGGCUCACCUGCAAAGCCCAGCAGCAACGGCACUGCAGCAGUUGGGGGCUUUGACACAGAGCCUGAUGAGUUCUCAGACUUCGACCGACUCCGCACUGCCCUGCCAACCUCUGGGAGCAGCACGGGGGAGUUGGAGUUGCUCGCAGGAGAGGUGCCUGCUCGCAGCCCUGGGGCAUUCGACAUGAGUGGGGUUGGGGGAUCUCUGGCUGAGUCUGUGGGGAGUCCCCCACCUGCUGCAACCCCAACUCCCACCCCCCCAACACGGAAGACUCCGGAGUCAUUCCUAGGCCCUAAUGCAGCCCUUGUGGAUCUGGACUCGCUGGUGAGCCGACCAGGCCCCACACCACCAGGAUCCAAGGCUUCCAACCCAUUCCUUCCAAGCGGAGCUCCGCCCACAGGCCCCUCUGUCACCAAUCCUUUCCAGCCAGCACCCCCUGCAACGCUCACCCUGAACCAGCUCCGUCUCAGUCCUGUGCCCCCAGUUCCUGGAGCGCCACCCACCUACAUCUCUCCUCUUGGUGGAGGCCCUGGCCUGCCCCCCAUGAUGCCCCCAGGUCCCCCAGCCCCCAACACUAACCCCUUCCUCCUAUAAUCCAGGGUAGGAGGGAGGCCUGGUUCAGCUGGCUUCCCCAAUUUCUGCUCCCUGGGAGAUCAGUAUUGUGAGUGCAUGUGAAAUGGGGGGGCCCUCCCCCACAGUGCCCUUCCCCCUCCUGGGGCCCACUCACACUACACCCUCUUCCCAAGUCCCCACCCCACCUCCCCUUGAGAAAAACUGGACAUGGGGAUGGGGAGGGGAGCCGGCCAGAGGAGGACCCUUUUCUGUGGCAUUAGAUGGGGGAGGGACAGCUGGGGUUCCCCCACCCAUUCCACCUCCCUCUAAACUCAUGACAACCCCCAAAUCAGUGUUUGAGCCUCCUCGUUCCCUUGGCACCCCUGGUGAAUCCUUGGUGAUGAUUUUGGCAACUUCGGGAAUAAAUGGCAAUUCUCAUG